CGUGUCCAGCCUGAGUUCCAGCCUCAUUGAGCCAGCCGCCCCUGAGAGCUUCCUGCCCAGGAAGCCCCCCAAGCACUGACCAUGUCUAUAAUGGACCACAGCCCCACCACGGGUGUGGUCACAGUCAUCGUCAUCCUCAUUGCCAUUGCUGCCCUGGGGGCCCUGAUCCUGGGCUGCUGGUGCUACCUGCGGCUGCAGCGCAUCAGCCAGUCAGAGGACGAGGAGAGCAUUGUGGGGGAUGGCGAGACCAAGGAGCCCUUCCUCCUGGUGCAGUACUCGGCCAAGGGACCGUGCGUGGAGAGAAAGGCCAAGCUGAUGACCCCUAAUGGCCCAGAAGUCCACGGCUGACCCGGGAUGCGAGGCUCCUGGUCCUGUGUGCAGCCAGCCAAGAGGGCUGGAAGGGAUGAAACCACACAGACGUGCUGUUGUCUCAGAGGAAGGGUUAACACUUGCUAGCAUGGCCUCGGCAGGCUCCAUCAUCGCAUGCACUGGGUCCCAGGGCCCCGCUGUCCUGGGCUUCCCCUUGGCCUCCUGGGGGGCCGCCCAUUGCAGGCAGUGGGUAGGCCUGACUUUGCUGGGGCUCACGGCCCCUCAGCGCUUUGUUACUUGAAUGUUCAGCUGAGCCUGUUUUUGAUGGAGCUACUACUGUAAUGCGUGAACUAACAAACCUGUGAACUGUAAAUAGGUCCCCAGAAGCAUGUGCUUAAACGUCUUUGCUGAUUUUUUAAAAUAUCCUGUGGAGCA